AUGGAAAAUUCGGGACUAUUAAAGACUGGCGGAUCACAGUCGGAAUUUGAACCGUCUUCACAGCAGGUGGUUAAAUUUUCUGACGUGCAUGGUGUUGAUGAAGCCAAGGAAGAGUUGGAGGAAUUGGUUGAAUUCUUAAAGGACCCUUCAAAGUUUACAGGUUUAGGAGGGAGACUUCCAAAAGGUGUUUUACUUACUGGUCCUCCAGGUACUGGAAAAACAUUAUUAGCACGUGCCGUUGCAGGAGAAGCUGGUGUGCCAUUCUUUUUUAUGUCCGGCUCAGAAUUUGAUGAGAUGUAUGUUGGAGUUGGUGCAAGAAGAGUGCGUGAACUUUUUGCUGCUGCGAGACGCAAGGCGCCAAGCAUAGUUUUUAUAGAUGAGUUGGAUGCAAUUGGCUCAAAACGCAAUCCGAAGGAUCAAACAUAUAUGAAGCAAACGCUUAAUCAAUUAUUGGUUGAUUUGGAUGGAUUUUCGCAAACUGAAGGUGUUAUUUUCAUAGCUGCAACAAAUUUUCCUGAACUUCUGGAUAAAGCAUUAGUCCGACCUGGUCGUUUCGAUAGACAUGUAGCUGUGCCACUUCCAGAUGUGCAUGGUAGAAUGCAAAUUUUGGAGCAUCAUCUAAAAAAUGUUCAAAUUUCAAAUGAUGUAAAAAUUAGCGUUAUAGCACGUGGAACACCAGGUUUUUCAGGCGCAGAUUUAGCUAAUCUGGUUAAUCAAGCGGCGAUUCAAGCUUCGAGAGAUGGUGCACAAGAGGUUGCAAUGCGACAUAUGGAAUAUGCCAAGGACAAAAUACUUAUGGGUGCUGAGCGUAAAUCUGCCAUAAUAACUAGUGAAAAUAAAAAAUUAACUGCAUAUCAUGAAGGUGGACAUGCAUUGGUGGCUUUGUAUACGCCUGGAGCUUUACCAUUGCAUAAGGCUACAAUUAUGCCACGGGGUGCUACUCUUGGCAUGACAGUACAAUUGCCUGAAAUGGAUAAAGAUAAUUACACCAAAAAAGAAUUUCUUGCAAUGGUUGACGUUGCUAUGGGUGGAAGAGUUGCGGAAGAAAUGAUUUUUGGUAAAGAAAACGUUGGUCCAGUAGCUCAUCCCGAAGAAGACAUGGAACAUUUAAGUUCUCAGACUAAAUUAGUUAUUGAAAAUGAAAUCAAGUCAUUAUUGGAGAAUGCUCAAAUUCGGGUGGCAAAUAUUUUGAAAACUCAUAAAGACGAAUUACAUCGACUGGCAAAUGCCUUGAUAGAAUAUGAAACUCUUACACAAGAAGAAAUUGAGUCAGUCAUUAAAGGCAAAGCUAUUAAUCGAUGA